UAUGCGGACGUUGCAAGCCUCAACAAUCGAACGCAAAAGAAACUGUCACCGUUUUCGGCCACAGCGCACAGGGGACAUAUAUAUCAACAUGUCGGUUGUUCACUCUCAAAGAAGAGCUGCCCUUUCAAAGGCAAAAGAAAAAGGGUGGUAACUCACAUGUCCCGCCUUCCCCCCUUUCACCCCUCGUAAUAGUUUUCAGCCUAUGGAACUGUGAACUCAUACGAUGAAAAUUUUCAAGCACCCAAAAAAUUAAAAAGUAAAAGAUAAAAAUAAUUGAUUGCGUCGCAACUGGCCUGGCCCCUUCAAAAACACCAUGUCGUCUCGCGCCAGUGAACCCCGGUCACCGCCGGCAACCCCAAGUGGAACCAAUAAGCGCCGGCACUCACAAACCGAGGGCCUGCCAUCUCCGAAGCGGCGAGUAGCAGAUGAUGCGGAGCCCUCUGUUGAGGAACCGGAGAAAGUGCUAGAGCAGGAGGCUGUUACGGAAAUAGAGAAGGAGAACGUUCCGGAGCUGGAGCCGGAGAUGGAGACAGAGAAGGAAGCCGAGAUAGAGAUAGAAAAGGAGACCUCAGAUAAGGAGGAGACGGCCAACGAUGAGGAGGAGAACGAAGAGCAACCUAAUAUACCAAGCGCCAGCACCGCCGAGAAAUCAAAGGAGGGUGAUCCGGUAUUCGACAACGAGAAAGAACAUCAGGGAUCUGACACAACAACAACAUCUGACGUCGCUGUCGAGGUAGAAAGGGAGAAAGGAGACAAGAUAGUAGAGGAGGAGACGGAGAAGGAGGCAGAGAAGGAGACGGAGGUGGAGGUGGAGGUGGAGGUAGAGCAACCAGACGUAGAGCAACAGGAAGCAGAGGCACAAGAAGAUGAAGAGGAGGACGAAGAAGACGAAGCAGAAGCAGAAGCAGAAGCAGAAGCAGCGAAAACACAAGUUCAAGAAAAAGAAAAAGACCACUCACCAGACCAGCCAAGAGAGCCCGAACCCGGCGACGACGACUACCUCGGCGGCCUCAUCGACAGCGACGCCGAGAACACGAACCCCUUCAACGACUACAAGUACGCCGCCGCCUACCAGCACGUCGAGUCGCCCCGGAGCCCGGGGUUCAUCAUCGCGCCCCGCUUCCAGCCGAGCUCCUCCCCCCGCGACCUCUCCUCGUGGCCCAAAAUGAAACCCGAGGACGAGGCCGAGUCGGAGCGCCAGCUCGACAUCUUUUACGCCGGCCUGCGCGCCAAGGGCUACGACGUCCACAAGCCGGGCUCCCCCAACUUCUGGCGGAACGUGAUGACGCCCGAGCAGCAGAGGGAGCGGAUCCGGCAGGACCAGCACCAGCAGUACUUUGGUUCCUCCGAGGAUGAGUCAGGCGGGGAAGGAGAAGAGCCGGUACAAGCGCUAGCACAAGCACAAGCACAAGAUUACGACUCGGACGCAGAAAUGCACGACGCAGCCUCCUACCCCUCCUCCCCCUCCUCCUCCAUCUACUCCACCUCCUCCUCCUCCUCCAUCUACCAGCACACCACCACCCCUCCCCCCCCCUCUCCUCCCCCAUCCUCCCGCUCCCCCUCCUCCUACUACGACUCCUCCCCCUCCCCACGCUCCGCCAACCCCGACCUCGACUUCGACGCCCAACAAAUCGCGCACUUCUCCGACGCCGACGACGACCCGGACCCCACCGCCACGGGCCUGCGGUACCAGCCCACGGACCACCCCCUGGGCCUCUACGACAUGGAGACUCUGCUGCGCAAGACGGCCGCGACCCUGAACUUCCUCGUGCUCGCGAACGGCGGCGACGGCGACGCCAUCGAUUUCUUGGACGCCGAGGCCGUGCGCGCGGCGGUGGAGCGGGAUGGGCCCGGCAAGGGUAAGGGUAAGGGUAAGGGUAAGGGCAAGGCUAAAGGAGGAGGAGCUGCAGCAGGGGGCUACGACACCCACGUCGACUGGGAGACGCCGGCCGCGGAGGCGCAGGUGCGCGCUGAUGCGAUGGCGGAUCGGCUCUUGAACAUGUCCGUGUGCGAUUUCAUGAGCUUGGCGCAUAAUGUGGUCAAGUACUCCGAGGAGCUUCAGGAGCGGGGGGUUUUCAUCUCGCGGUAGUAAGGUGUAAGAUGUAAGUUAUGGAUGGAUGUUAUGUACCUACUGAGGGUUAGUAUCAACGUCUAUUCUUGAGAGGUGGUGAGAAAUA